CGAGAUUUUAUAAUUCGGAAGUGACGUAAGGUCAUAGCAACCAAGAUUGCUUGUACUGUAGUUUCGACGUUGCACUGAGAACUUUAAGAUGGCAAACCAAUCUCAGGCUGGAACAGGCGGUGUCCCUGCAAACGCCAAAACGUCGGAAUUCUACAAAACAGAAAACAUCCCCAACAGAUUUGAAAAUCCAGAAUGGUUUCAAGGAUAUGGAGGUAAACCUCAGCAUGCAAUGUACAGGACCAGCUCAUCGGAUUAUGGAGCAAAAGCCCCAUCUGUUCAUACCAUGCCCACCACUUUCCACGCUAGGUCACAAAAAUUUUCUUUGCACUUAGGAACUUGUGGGAUGUACCGGAAUCACUCCCUGAAUACUGCCCCUGACCAGAGCCGGGUCUGAUGAUAUCUGUAGCUCAACUGCUAUCUAUUGUGUGUCUUCAUUACAUAUCGAACACUUGCAAUUCAAAACCCUCUGAUGUUAAACUCAUUUUUUCAGAUUGUGGAGGGAAGUGUUAUGUUUUAAUUUCUACUGCCCCACAAUUCAAAUCUUAUCAUAUUUCACAGGAGUUUUACAAAGAUUUUCAAUACACUAUUCAUAGAUUCAGACACUUGGUAUUGUGUUCUAAUUUGCCUUUCUUUUAGUUUGUUUAGUCCUAUUCAUAGUUUAAAAAGACAUCCAGAUACUUAAAGAUUAGCGUGUUAUACUGAAUCAAGAGAAGGUGAAGUGGAGAAUUGAACAUGUUUUUAUUUAUGUUUGUGUAUUUUUGUGUUUGAAUAUCGUUAUCUGUAUUUUGAAUGAUUCUUGUGUGAAACAGAGGAUCUUUGUCUUUAUGUGAAUAAUUAAAUCAGAUUUGUUAAUCAAAUAAAUAUAUUACAUAUCUGAA